UGGAUGGAUUUGAUUUCAUUUGACAGGCAACAAAAAUUGCGGCGUGGAUUUAUGGUUAAAAAUUUCUAAUACACGUACAACUGUUGCUUUUAAUAUUAAAAACCUUUCCUUCAACAGGAAUGUUUUGCGAGUUGUAACACAGCGGCCAGUAACCACGCUAAAAGUUGCUUAUUUCAAGAGAAUGUGUGAUUAUUCAAAAGUUUCGAGACAAAGUUUAUGCAUAUCAUUGUUCUUAGUGCUCAGCCGUAGGUUUCCUACGCUACGUGUUUUAUAGCAGUGGAUGAGGAAGUGGAAAUGGUGUCAGCAGUGUUAGUUUUCUAUGGAUCGAAAGAGAACUUUAUUUGAUUGGGUAGACUAAAAACUUUGUUUUGUAAGUACUAAGUAAGUUACAAGAUGUAUCCAACUCCGACGCGGCAUCCGGCUGCGGCAGUGAGGGGUCCCCAGCCUUCAGGUGGUGCAAUAAAAUUCACUGUAGCUGACAAUUUAGAGAGAAUUAAAGAGGAAUUUAAUUUUUUACAAGCACAAUACCACACAUUAAAAUUAGAGUGUGAAAAGUUAGCCAGUGAGAAAACAGAAAUGCAAAGACACUAUGUUAUGUAUUAUGAAAUGUCAUAUGGCCUUAAUGUUGAGAUGCACAAACAAACCGAGAUAGCGAAACGUCUGAGCGGCAUCAUCGGGCAGGUGCUGCCGUUCCUAGCACAAGAGCACCAGCAGCAGGUGGCGACGGCAGUGGACAGAGCUAAGCAGGUCACUAUGUCUGAACUUAAUGCUAUUAUCGGGCAACAACAACAACAUGGCCUCCAGCAACUGCUUCAACAGAUCCACGCCUCUGCGGGUUUACCCCACGGCGUGGGCGGUGCGGGCGCGUUGCUGAGUGCGGGCGGCCUGCUGUUCCCCUCCGCGGGGCCGCCGCCCGCGCCGCACCUACCUCCGCCUGCGCACAAGGUUGAGCUGCCUCCCCCCGCGGAUAUUAAGCCGCCGGUGUUAGGAGGGGGGGCUGCGCCCACCCCACUGUUGCCCGGACAACCGCCGCCCCGGGAGGAUGAGCGAAUAGCUGCCCGAGCCAUGAGCCAACAACAAGUCCGCCGCUCAGUGUCGCCGCACGAGCGCGAGCAAAAGUACCGUCCUCGCUCGCCCGAGCCCGAGCCGCUGGACGCCAAGCGGCGCAAGGAGGAGAAGCUCGGCCAUGUGAGUCUGUGUAGUGACAGUGAUGCAGAGAAAAGUGAUCAAGAUCUGGUUGUCGAUGUUGCGAAUGAGGAGGAAAGAGGAUCUCCAAGCGUCAGAACGGAGGGCGGUGACAGGACAGAGAACGGCCCUCGGCCGCCCUCAAGAUCUGGCUCUUCAUCAAGUCGUUCUACUCCUAAAAGUUCUAAAGACGAAAAACCCGGUACGCCAGGCGCUAAGAACCGCGCGCCGACGCCGACGGGCCGGUACGCGUUUCCCGCGUACGCGGCGUACCGCCCGCCGCUACCGUACGACGGGACCAUGGCGCGCACAAACGGCAUGCCGCCUGCUAAACCCGCGUACUCGUAUCACACGUGCGGCGGGCCACUGCAACCAGUGCCCUUUCCCGCGGACGCCCUAGCGGGGCCGGGCAUCCCUCGCGGCGCGCGCGCGGUGGCGGCGCUACCGCACGGCGAGGUGGUGUGUGCGGUGGCGCUGUCGCUGGGCGGCGCGCGGCACGCCUACACCGGCGGCAAGGGCUGCGUGAAGCUGUGGGACAUCACCAACCCCGGCUCGCCCGCCACGCUCGAGCCGCUCUCGCAGUUGGACUGCUUGCAAAGAGACAACUACAUAAGGUCAGUGAAGCUGCUGCCAGACGGGCGGACGCUGCUGGUGGGUGGCGAGGCGUCCAACCUGUCCAUAUGGGACCUCUCGUCGCCCACGCCCAGGAUGAGGGCGGAGCUGACCUCCUCCGCGCCUGCGUGCUACGCGUUAGCCAUCAGUCCAGACUCCAAGGUAUGCUUCAGUUGCUGUUCGGACGGCAACAUAGCUGUGUGGGAUCUCCACAAUCAAACGUUAGUUAGGCAAUUCCAAGGUCACACAGACGGUGCUUCAUGUAUAGAUAUAAGUCCAGAUGGAACUCGGUUGUGGACCGGCGGGCUGGACAACACGGUGCGCUCCUGGGACCUGAGGGAAGGCAGACAGCUGCAUCAGCACGACUUCAACAGUCAGAUCUUCUCGCUAGGAUAUUGUCCUACUGGCUCAUGGUUAGCGGUGGGCAUGGAGAACUCGCACGUGGAGGUGCUACACGCGGGCAAGCCGGACCGCUACCAGCUCGUGCUGCACGAGUCGUGCGUGCUGUCGCUGCGGUUCGCCGCCGCGGGCAAGUGGUUCGUGUCCACUGGCAAGGACAACCUGCUGAACGCGUGGCGGACGCCGUACGGAGCUAGUAUAUUCCAGACAAAAGAAUCAUCAUCGGUGCUCAGUUGUGAUAUAUCAGCGGACGAUAAGUUUAUAGUGACAGGGUCGGGUGAUAAGAAAGCGACAGUGUACGAAGUGUUGUACUGAUACAGUGAAGUGAAAGUGAAAGUGACGUGAAGUGGCAAUCUCAGUGGGCGGUAAGGACAGUGUACUGUCCAGUGGAGGGUUACACAGUGAGUGUGGCCGUGGGUCGGAAUAAAUGGUCUAUCACAUGAA